AGUACUAUUUUGCCAUUGAUCGUCGGCAAAGUGAAGUCAAUGCAACGACCAGAUUAACUGAAGACAGAUCUCAAGAUGUUUCAAGAAUCAGUAAAUACUAGACAAGGCCUGCAUCACAUUCUGCUGAUAGCUGCACUCGUUGGAUUUGUCCAAGACCUGAGCAGCGGAGGAGGAGCAGAAGCAUGGAGCUACGGCUACAGCAUCAGUCCAAGCCGCAGAUGGCUGGAGGCCCGUCAGUGGUGCCAGCAGCACUUCACAGACAUGGUGCCCCUCAGGAACCAGGAGGAGAGCGACUUCCUCAACAACUUUCUACCUUUCAACAAAAGAUAUUACUGGAUAGGCAUAAGCAAAAGUGAGGGAGGGUGGGUCUGGACAGAAACCGAUGAAAAGGUGCCAGAAUAUGCUCAGCAUUGGGCACCAGAGGAGCCAGAUGACAUCGCCGCUCAGGACUGUGUGGAGAUUUACAUCAAGAGGGACAAUGACACAGUCUUGUGGAACAACGAGAGCUGUCGCAAGAAGAAGGGAACCGUCUGCUACACAGCCUCUUGUAAACCAGAUUCCUGCAGUGCCAACGCCGACUGUGUGGAGACUGUCGGUAACUACACCUGCAAGUGCCAUCCUGGUUUCCUGGGGCCACGCUGUGAAGAGGCAAUCACAUGCAAACCCCUGCAGGAUCUAGAACAAGGUGACAGCGAGUGUUCCCAACCCUACGGGUCAAAUCGUUUCAGCUCUUCCUGCCGUUUCUACUGUGAUCUUGGCUAUGACAUGGUAGGCGAGUCCACUCUGCUUUGCCAGGCCAGCGGACUUUGGAACCUACCUGUUCCUCGGUGUCAACUUAAAAAAUGCUCCUCCGAUUUCUUUCCUGUCGCGGGCAAUGUGACAUGUGUGGACGCUGUGGAGCCUUUCUCCUUUGGUUCACAGUGCAACUUCACCUGCCAGGAAGGCUACUCCCUGACCAGAGAUGACACAUACACCUGUCUGUCCUCGGGACAAUGGAGCAACCCUACACCUACAUGCGAAGUGGUGCAGUGCAACCGUUUAAAGACUCCACCCCAUGCCUCCAUGCAAUGUCAGGACCCUUUAGGAGUGCCCAGCUAUGGCUCAAUGUGCUUUGUGCAAUGUGAAGAAGGAUUUGAUCUGAUUGGUGGAAACAUGACGAAAUGUUCUGCACAGGGAAACUGGAGUCAUGAACUUCCUGUUUGCCAGGCCAGGAGGUGUAACCCAAUUAAUCCUCCUCAUGGCUCCUUAUCCUGUUCUGACCCAAACGGAGCUUUCACCUUUGGGUCUCUGUGCACGAAAACCUGUGACGAGGGCUUUCUACUGAAUGGGACAAACAGCACUGAGUGCACCUCUGAGGGUGUUUGGAGCACAGAUAUCCCACGUUGCUUAGCUAAAAGAUGUCCCACCCUGAGCUCUCCCUCUCAUGGCUCCUUAGUCUGCUCUGGUCCCCAUGGAGAGUUCAGUUUUGCUUCUCUGUGCACGAAAACCUGUGACGAGGGCUUUCUACUGAAUGGGACAAACAGCACUGAGUGCACCUCUGAGGGUGUUUGGAGUGCAGACAUCCCACAAUGCUUAGGUAAAAGCUGUCCCACCCUGAGAUCUCCCUCUCAUGGCUCCCUAGUCUGCUCUGGUCCCCAUGGAGAGUUCAGUUUUGCUUCUCAGUGUACAUCAACCUGUAAGGAGGGUUUCAUCAUGAAUGGGACGGCUGACACAGAGUGCACCUCUCUGGGCAUGUGGAGCACAGAUAUCCCACGUUGCUUAGCUAAAAGCUGUCCCACCCUGAGCUCUCCCUCUCAUGGCUCCUUAGUCUGCUCUGGUCCCCAUGGAGAGUUCAGUUUUGCUUCUCAGUGUACGUCAACCUGUGAGGAGGGAUUUGUCAUGAAUGGGACAGCUGACAUAGAGUGCACCUCUCUGGGCACGUGGAGCACAGAUAUCCCACGUUGCUUAGCUAAAAGCUGUCCCACCCUGAGCUCUCCCUCUCAUGGCUCCCUAGUCUGCUCUGGUCCCCAUGGAGAGUUCAGUUUUGCUUCUCAGUGUACAUCAACCUGUGAGGAGGGAUUUGUCAUGAAUGGGACGGCUGACACAGAGUGCACCUCUCUGGGCAUGUGGAGCACAGAUAUCCCACGUUGCUUAGCUAAAAGAUGUCCCACCCUGAGCUCUCCCUCUCAUGGCUCCUUAGUCUGCUCUGGUCCCCAUGGAGAGUUCAGUUUUGCUUCUCUGUGCACGAAAACCUGUGACGAGGGCUUUCUACUGAAUGGGACAAACAGCACUGAGUGCACCUCUGAGGGUGUUUGGAGUGCAGACAUCCCACAAUGCUUAGCUAAAAGCUGUCCCACCCUGAGCUCUCCCUCUCAUGGCUCCUUAGUCUGCUCUGGUCCCCAUGGAGAGCUCAGUUUUGCUUCUCAAUGUACGUCAACCUGUGAGGAGGGAUUUGUCAUGAAUGGGACGGCUGAUACAGAGUGCACCUCUCUGGGCACGUGGAGCACAGAUAUCCCACGUUGCUUGGCUAAAAGCUGUCCCACCCUGAGCUCUCCCUCUCAUGGCUCCUUAGACUGCUCUGGUCCCCAUGGAGAGUUCAGAUUUGCUUCUCAAUGUACAUCAACCUGUAAGGAUGGAUUUGUCAUGAAUGGGACGGCUGACACAGAGUGCACCUCUCUGGGCACGUGGAGCACAGAUAUCCCACGUUGCUUAGCUAAAAGAUGUCCCACCCUGAGCUCUCCCUCUCAUGGCUCCUUAGUCUGCUCUGGUCCCCAUGGAGAGUUCAGUUUUGCUUCUCAGUGUACGUCAACCUGUGAGGAGGGAUUUGUCAUGAAUGGGACGGUUGACACAGAGUGCACCUCUCUGGGCAUGUGGAGCAGCGAACUACCCCACUGUCUGGCACAGCGAUGCCCCCUACUGGACAAGGCCCCGCAUCACGGCAGGAUGAACUGCAGCCAUCCGUACUCCCCCUUCAGCUAUGGCUCCCACUGUGACUUUGAAUGUAAUGAGGGCUUCUGGCUGAGAGGAACACCAACUACAACAUGCAAUGACUCAGGCCACUGGAGUCAGGAUCGACCCAGCUGCCAGCCGCUGCAGUGUGAGGCUAUUCCUGCCUUGUCUGGAUCCCUGUCUAUGAACUGCUCCCAUCCUCUGAGGAACUUCAGCUUUGGCUCUCAGUGUUUUUUUGACUGUGAAGAGGGAUUCUCCCUGAAUGGUACUGAGGUGUUGUUUUGCUCCUCCUCUGGGAUUUGGAAUGACAGCCUGCCCAACUGCAUAGGGGAUAUGCCACUGGGGGCUGACAUGCUGCUGUCUUCAGGUUUAGGAAUAGCCUACGUGGUCGGGCCGCUGGUCCUGGUAGUACUGGCUGUGAUGCUUAUAGUUGUUUAUGUGAAGUUCAGGAAAAGAGGAGAUAACAUGAUGUCUGAAGCACCAGCAUGGGGAGACAGGGAGAACCCAGCGUUUGAUUUUGACUCCUGAUUUUUCUAAUCAUUUCAAAUUCUCCAGCCUGAUGCUUAUAAUUAUUAUACCAAGCUUGUUUAUUAUACAGCACUGGUACCUGAGAAAUUGCACGUAGCAGCAAUAGAGCUUUGCAUUAAUGGUUGUUUAAAUUUCCACUCAGACACUCCUUAAGACUUUAUUUGCAAAAGCGUAACACAGUGGAGUUGUUUUAAAUCCCAGGCAAAUUCUGCAAAUUUAGCUUUAAAUCCUUCACAUUUUCUUAUCAACAGCAUAAUUUACAGUCUAUUUGCAUCUUUUACUCUGUCUUACUUUUUAAGUUGCUUGAUUGUCAAUAAACUAUUUAGAAUUG